AUGAAAACGGGUGGGGGGAAAAAAUCCCGUGACCUGUUGUGAUGCGGGCAAAACGAGACCGACACCAACAAUUGAGUCCAGGUCGGUUUGUGUCCUCAUACUGACGUGUAACAUGGCGGCGUUUACAGUCGUGUAGCUUCACCUCAGGAUCUGUUACUUUACCCCCAGACGAGCGGCGGUUUGACGUGAGAUUUGUUGCACCAUGAGAAGGAAACUCGGACGCUCCUGUUCACCUGUCACUCAAAUCUCACAGCGGGAAUCACAUCACAACAGCUGAGCGAUCCUUAUUUUCCCCACUGUGCUCUCUCUCUCUCCCUUUCUCUCUCCCUUUCUCUUUUUCUCUCUUUGUCUCUCCUUUUGUCUCUCUUUGUCUCUUUCUCUUUUUCUCUCUUUGUCUCUCUCUCUCCCUCUCUCUCUCUCUGUCUCUCUCUCUGACUGUCUCUCUCUCUGUCUCUCUCUGUCUCUCUCUCUCUUUGUCUCUCUCACUCUCUCUCUAUCUCUCGCUCUGACCCCCCCCCAUCCCAUGUCGGGGGCAGACAUGCUGUCCCGUGUGAGCUCCAUGUUCCACAGAGAGAGGACAGACUGGGAGCUCAGUGACUCUGCCGCCUUUGAUUUCUCUGAUGACUUGGUGGAGGACGAGAUGCCCAGGUUUAAUAAGUUGAAGGUGGUCGUGUCGGCCGAGAUGGACGAGUACACCGGGUCGUCUCCGAACGGAGCUGCUGUCAGCACCUUCAUCAGAAGUGGAGAGGACGAUGAUGACGACUCGCUGCUCGGCUCCACCUCCGGACUGGGGGCGGAGCCGUGCAAUAACUGUGCUACGAGGAAGGAGGACAUCAAGCGGCGCAAAGUGAUGAAGAAGCUGAUGAUGGCAGCUGUGCUGUACUUCCUGUUCAUGAUCGGAGAGCUCGUAGGUGGCUACAUUGCGAACAGUUUAGCCAUCAUGACUGAUGCAUUACACAUGCUGACUGAUCUGGUGGGGAUCGUGGUGUCUUUACUGGCUCUGUGGCUCUCAGCCAAACCACCAACACACACUUUCAACUUUGGCCUACAGAGACUGGAGGUGCUGUCUGCAGGUAUCAGUGUGUUGUUGAUCUACAUCCUGACUGGAGUGCUGCUGAAUGAAGCGGUACAGAGAACAAUCCAUCCCGAUUUCACUAUUGACGGAGAUGUCAUGCUCAUCACGGCUGCCGUGGGCGUGGCAGUCAACCUCAUAAUGGGAUUUCUCCUCAACCAGUCAGGUCACCUCCACUCCCACUCUCAUUCUCACUCCCACUCGCAGAGGCGGGGGCAGGGGCAGGGGCAAGGGCAGGGGCAGAGUCAACACUCUCACGGCAGCUUAGCGGUGCGAGCGGCAUUUAUUCACGCACUGGGGGACCUGGUACAGAGUGUCGGGGUUCUGAUCGCUGCGUAUAUCGUCAGGUUUAAGCCGGAGUAUAAGCUGGCUGAUCCUGUGUGUACGUACAUAUUUUCCGUGUUGGUUCUAUUCACCACGCUGCACAUCAUCAGAGACACUGGCCUCAUCCUGCUGGAGGGCGUUCCCAGACACCUGAAAACGAGCGUGAUGAGGGAAGAUCUGUUGAAGCUGCAUGGUGUGGAGUCUGUGGAGGAUCUGAAGGUCUGGGCUUUAACCGCUGAUCGUACUGUGGCUCUUGCACACCUUCAGCUUGCACCAGGAAGUAGGGGUAACUGGGAAGAAGUGCAAUCUAAAGCUCGUCACCUGCUGAUGAUGUCACACGGCGUGUCACACUGCACAGUGCAGAUGGAGAGCCACACACAGCGAGGCACACACUCCUGCUCUAACUGUGUGUUAACCAGUGCCUAAUCACACACACACAGUCGCUCUCCUUCUUCCUAUACAGGUUGCUAUGCAACAGCGAAAUGCGCCAAAGCCGGUACAAGUGUGUUUUUAGGGAUUCAGUCGGAAGGUUCUCAUGAUUAAUUUUCUUUUCUUUUCACCUUUUUCACACACACACACACACACACACACGAUCAGUAAAUGAAUAUAUGGUAAAUAAACCCACUGUUAGCUUGAACAUUGACAUUAUUUACAUUCGAUUUGUAAAAACACUCCAUAUUUCCUUCAGUCUGGAUCAAUUGAACCUGAGUCAGUAUUAAAUCCUGUAUUAAAUGAUCCUGAGUCCUGUGUUAUGGCUUAAGCAGUAGAUCAGCUGGACUCUGUCAGGACUCGGCACUGAUCUGAACACAACUCAGUUAAACCUUGUGCUUUCAUUUGAAUGUCUUUGUGUAACUCAGACAUUUGUGCAUCAGCUCCAUGAUCUGGGAUCUAAUUCAUUUCAGCUGAUCAGAAACACAUUCAUGGCCAGCACAGAUUUUCUUACACUUGAUACUCAGUACCGUCAUUUGUUAGCCGAAUAUUAGGUGAUCGGACAAGAUGGAAAAACUCAGUGAUCCCAAAGUGCAAUAAAAUUCAUGACUUCCAUCUUAACCAUUUAGUUCCUUCUUGCUCUCAGAUGAUGCACUGAGUCACAUGUUAACAUUGUGUUUGUUUUUUAAUUUUUUUUAUUAUUAUUUUUUUUUUAAUGUCACCUGAAUGGUUUAGUUGGAAUGUUUCCGAGCGCAGAUGAUCGAUGUGCCUUUAUCCAUCCUGUUCACUCUGUGCUACAAACAUCUGGAAAUCACUUUAGUUUUAAUUCUUUUCUGUUUUAUUUUUUUUCCACAUAAAGAAACGUUUUUGUGAUUCUUGUAUUUGUGACAAAAACACAAUCUAUGCCUUUAACUGUUGUUGCUUUGAUUUGUUUUUUUUAAUUCAGUUUGAUUAUUUUUUUACAUAAUUUGUCUGAUGUUUUGCACAUUCCAGUAUCAUGAGUAGUAAUUAAUCCUUUUGUUUGCAGUAUUUAUGUUACACUAAAACUGCGCUCUGUGUGAGAGCAUCGUAUCCUUCAGUAAAAUAAACCUGUUCUCAAA